AGGCCUCUGAUUGGCUGAGAGUGAAAUGGGAGGGGUGCAUUAUUCAAGCUGAUGCUCUUGAGAAACUUUUGUGUCUCGAAAUAGUAACAGACUGUCUUUCUUUCCAGCACAAAAACACAGUCCAGAGGAACGCACAAUCCACCAGCUGAAGCAGAGACCUGAAACUCCGUCAUCAUGUCCAGCAAGCGAGCAAAGGGAAAGACCACUAAGAAGAGGCCACAGAGAGCCACUUCAAACGUGUUUGCCAUGUUUGACCAGUCACAGAUCCAGGAGUUCAAGGAGGCCUUCAACAUGAUCGACCAGAACCGAGACGGAUUCAUCGAUAAAGAGGAUCUCCAUGACAUGCUGGCCUCUUUGGGUAAGAACCCGUCUGAAGAUUACCUGGAUGGGAUGAUGAGUGAAGCUCCGGGGCCCAUCAAUUUCACCAUGUUCCUCACUAUGUUUGGAGAACGGCUGAACGGAACCGACCCGGAGGAUGUCAUCAGGAACGCUUUCGCCUGCUUCGACGAGGAAGGAUCCGGUUUCAUUCAUGAAGACCACCUGCGAGAGCUGCUGACCACCAUGGGAGAUCGUUUCACAGAUGAAGAUGUGGACGAACUCUUCAGAGAGGCUCCCAUUGACAAAAAGGGCAACUUUAACUACGGCGAAUUCACCCGGAUUCUCAAACACGGGGCCAAAGAAAAAGAUGACAUGUAGACGAUCAGAGAGCAUCAGCCGCAGCUGCACAGCGCUUUACAAACACAUCAGCAUCUAGAAGUCAAGAAAAAUACCACAUUUCAUGUAAAAAAAUAUUCAGUGAUCUAUAAAAUUGUUUUAUUUUUCUCCAGAUGCAUGUAAUAUGAGCAGAUUAUAUUGCUAAGAAUCUGUGCAAUGUAAUAUUUAGCUGCGGCUGUAUGUCUUGAACUUUCUGAAUCUGUGCAACUCAGAAAUUUAAUUACACAUUGGAGAUGUCAUAAACCUGUAGACAAAGCUAUUUUUCCGUGUGCAUUUAGAAGGAUUAUAACAGAGAUAUUAUCAGAUGUCAAAAACAUGAUGGGAAUUUUUAAACUGUCAUAUAUUAUAGAGAGUCAUUAAUGGAAGUAAAACUACAGAAAAAAAAAUCCUAAAUUUUUCAAUUUCAUUCUCCUGAUAAUGCUUUGAUGCAUACUUUGGUAUAAGUUGAUUUUUCGGUGGUAAUGCUCCUUGUAUUUUCAACUUAUAAAAUGUGUAUUUAAAGUGGCAGCUCUCAAACAUGAAGUCAUCCAUCAUACGAACAUGAAACAAUUUAUACUGAAAUAAAGAAGCUCUCAAACUAUA